UCUACAAGCUCAUGAACAACGCGGUGUUCGGCAAAACUAUGGAAAACGUGCGCGUACACCUGGACGUGCGUCUCGUGACGCGCUGGGACGGACGUUACGGCGCGGAGGCGCUGAUCGCAAAACCGAAUUUCCACAGCCGGAACAUCUUUUCCGAGGAUCUAAUGGCCGUGGAGUUGCGCCGACUGCGCGUACAAUUUGCGAAACCGAUAUACGCGGGCAUGUGCAUACUCGAGAUCUCGAAGACGCGAAUGUACGAAUUUCACUACGAUUACAUGCUGCCGCUGUAUCGCCACAUCGACAAUAAUAAUACUAAUAAUAACGAGUACUGUCGUCUAUUGUACACUGACACCGACAGUCUAAUUUAUCACAUCGUCACAAACACGAAGACGGAUCCGUAUGAGUGUAUGCGGCGCAAUCUAGCGCGAUUCGACACGAGCAACUAUCCGUCGGUCAAUGCGUACGAUAUGCCGCGCGCGAACAAGCGCGUGCCCGGUCUUAUGAAGGACGAAAAUUGCGGCGCGAUCAUGAGCGAAUUCGUCGGAUUGCGAGCGAAGAUGUACGCCUAUCGGGUGGACGGUCGCGAGGACAACAAGAUAAUAAAAGAGGUGCACAGACACAUCGUCGCACGACAAAUCACCUUCGACGAUUACGCGCAAUGUUUGCGCGACGCGACGGAAUGCACGGUCAAUCGUGCAUAA